ACCCCCCACUGCACUGCCAGGGUGGCAGGUCCACCUUAUCCUGGGAACUUUACAAACCAUCUCAGUUCUCAACUCUGCACAAUUCUCUCUCACACAGUUAUUCAUCUCCUCUAAAGAGGAGGACACUAGGGCCAAAGAUUUGGUAGAAGAUCCUGGCAUCUUGCAGGAAACUGAAGAAAGCUAAGGUGGGGAAGACCUGUCGGAGUGAACCAGGUCUAGAGGGAAUUGGGGUAUUGAAUCCACUGAGAACCUGCUCACUUCCUCCCACAAUAUAAUCACUACAGAUAAUCUUGAAGGGGGAAACUCUAGAGAGUUCAGUCUCCCUCCUUCCUUUCCUUAGUCCCACCCGCUCGCCUGGUCUUGCUUCCGUUUCCAUGACAACUCCAAGGGAGCCUAAACUGGGAGCUUGAAUGCCGGGCUGCCUCCAUCUCUCCAUCUCGGUGCUGCUGCCAUCUGCGCCAUCGGGCACCCAGACUCGGGAGCCAGCCGGACCACCCCCCCACCCCACCCCGACUCAGGCUGCAGGGAUCCUGUCCCAGCCAGACCGCAGGCAUGUCAUCCGAAAAGUCAGGACUCCCAGACUCAGUCCCUCAUACUUCUCCACCGCCCUACAAUGCCCCUCAGCCUCCGGCCGAACCCCCGGCCCCACCCCCACAGGCAGCCCCUUCCUCGCACCAUCACCACCACCACCACUACCACCAGUCCGGCACCGCCACCCUCCCGCGCUUAGGGGCAGGUGGCCUGGCCUCUUCCGCAGCCACCGCUCAGCGUGGCCCCUCGUCCUCCGCCACGCUGCCGCGGCCCCCACACCACGCCCCGCCCGGCCCUGCCGCUGGGGCGCCCCCGCCCGGCUGCGCUACCUUGCCCCGCAUGCCACCCGACCCUUACCUGCAGGAGACUCGCUUCGAGGGCCCACUUCCCCCGCCGCCGCCCGCCGCCGCCGCCCCGCCCCCGCCGGCGCCAGCCCAGGCUGCACAGACCCCGGGCUUCGUGGUGCCCACGCACGCGGGGGCGGUGGGCACGCUGCCGCUGGGGGGCUACGUAGCGCCCGGGUACCCCCUGCAGCUGCAGCCCUGCACUGCUUACGUGCCGGUCUACCCGGUGGGCACGCCCUAUGCAGGCGGGACUCCAGGGGGGACGGGAGUGACCUCGACUCUCCCGCCGCCGCCACAGGGCCCCGGGCUGGCCCUCCUGGAGCCGAGGCGCCCGCCGCACGACUACAUGCCGAUCGCGGUGCUGACCACCAUCUGCUGCUUCUGGCCGACCGGCAUCAUCGCCAUCUUCAAGGCAGUGCAGGUGCGCACGGCCUUGGCCCGCGGAGACAUGGUGUCGGCCGAGAUAGCGUCCCGCGAGGCCCGGAACUUCUCCUUCAUCUCCCUGGCUGUGGGCAUCGCGGCCAUGGUGCUCUGUACCAUCCUCACCGUGGUCAUCAUCAUCGCCGCGCAGCACCACGAGAACUACUGGGAUCCCUAAAAACGCCCCCAGCCCGGCCCCACCCUGCGCCCCUCGACCUCCCGGGCGCGUUCUGAACCUUGCCGCGGACCCGGUGGGUGCCCUGCACACCCGCCUCCGGGGCCGUCGGACUUCGCCACUUCUUAAACUCGGCCUCCAGGGAACCUCUCACCUUUCGAGCAAGCUCCGAAUUCAGUUCCUCAGGAACCCCCCUAAAGCCCACACCCCUAGGGACGCCGCUUUUGGGGAUCCCGGCCAGACGCUCGGCCCACAGUUGCUCCAGGCUCCCACCCCUCAAAGUACAGCGCCACAGGCCGAACACCCUCGCUCUGGUCCCCAGAGACCCGCCGCCUCUAUAGGCUCCGCCCCAACCCCAACAAACCCCGCCUCCAGGUCGGCAGGCUCCGCCUUCUUUUCUUCGCGGGGGUCUUCUCUUCAUUCCCAGGGGGACCCGGCUCCCGGGUAGCCGCGCCCCGCGCGCACUCCCGUUUUUUCCAAGUACAGUUUCAUCCCUCCUCCACCCACGCCUCUGCCUAUUUUCUUGCUAAUCCCAGAACCUCUCCUUUUGUUGUUUUUGGAAUGACAUUUGGAAAGUUCCUGGUUUAGGACCCUUCUUCCUGGGAUAAGAAACAUGUCCUGUUCUCUGUAAAUACGCCCUUCCACCCAUUCCAACCCGGGCAGCCGGCUGAGGGGAAUCCAGGAUAUGGACCUCCCAAUCCCAGAGGAGAGCCAGCCGGCUCUCGGUUCCCCUGGGCGAUCCCGCCUUGUUCUGAUCUGUGUGUGCGUGUGCGUGAACUUCCGAACGACAAUAUUAAAGAGACUUCGUGGCUGUGUCGCCCGCAAUUCCAAAGACUGUGGCCCCAUGAAGACCCUGCCCUUUUGGUUCCCUCUUUCACUAUCCUUCAUCUCCUCUUUCAGGGAAAAAAA